AUGGGUCGUGGCACUAGGAGAUCAGUGGCUCUGUUAUGCUUACUCUGUCUUCAUGUUCUUACAGUGAGUGUGAUUGCUAGGGAUGUAGUGAGUGUGGGUAAGAAUGAGAAAGAAAAGUUUCUAAACAUUGGGGAUGGAGGUGGAGGUGGAGGUGGAGGUGGUGGUGGUGGAUUUGGAGGUGGGUAUGGGGGAGGAGUUGGUGGUGGGUUUGGUGGUGGAGCUGGAGGUGGAGGUGGUGCUGGUGGUGGCUUUGGUAAAGGUGGUGGCAUUGGGGGUGGAAUAGGCAAGGGUGGUGGCUUUGGAGGUGGAGUUGGGGAGGUCAUGGCGGAGGGUUUGGAAAAGGGUGGUGGUAUUGGUGGUGGAAUAGGCAAGGGUGGUGGCUUUGGAGGUGGAGUUGGUGGUGGUCGCGGUGGAGGGUUUGGAAAAGGUGGGGGAGUUGGUGGUGGAAUAGGUAAGGGUGGUGGCAUUGGUGGUGGUCAUGGUUUUGGAAAAGGUGGGGGUAUUGGUGGCGGUGCUGGUGGUGGAUUUGGUGGUGGCAUUGGAGGUGGAUCUGGUGGUGGGAUUGGAGGGGGAUUUGGCAAAGGUGGAGGAAUAGGGGGAGGUUCAGGAGGUGGGUUUGGAGGUGGAUAUGGUGGAGGUGGUGGAUUUGGUGGAGGAGCAGGUGGAGGUGGUGGAUUUGGCGGUGGAGGCGGCUUUGGUGGAGGAGGCGGUGGUGGGAUUGGACGCCACUAAUUAAGCAUCAGAUUGUGCGGAUCUAUUAUUAAUAAGUAAUGAAUGUAAUAAUCAUUAGUGUCAUGGAUUUCUUACUUUGUUGAAGAGUUUAUAGUUAUGUUAGUUGCAUCUCUUGCCAGUGAAGACAAGUAUGCAUGCCUACUCAGCCUGUUGUAAGUUAUUUCUACUUAAAAUGUAAAAUAUAAAUUGAAAAAUAGCACAUCUCGCACAUUUUCAUUUUUAUAAUA